CCGCGAUGACGCUUGUCUGUCUUGGGUGUCUGACGUCGGACGCUAAGAUCUUGUCUCCAUCCCUGCCUAUAAUAUGGAUGAUAUGCCAUAGAAAUAUUGCCCAAAUAACCCUUUCCCUUUCCUAUUCUUAAGAUCUUGGGUUGUCGCUAUCAUAGCAUUAAACAUAUAACUUUCCUCUUUUCCUUUCUUCACAAUGUCAGACCAAGAGAACCAAUCUCAACCUCCCUACCCUAAUCAGGAAUCUCAGAACCAGGGCGAGAAUCCCUCGGGAACACCUCCCCAACAAGAACAACCCGAACAAGCACAAGAGCCAACCCAAAACCAAGAUACACAAGAGAAACAAGAUCAAAACACUUCCAAAUCUCAGCCCAACUCUGAAACAAAACAAGAACAAGAACAACCAGAAUCAAACCCCGAACCUGAACCUGAACCCGAACAACCCCAACGCCGCAGAAGAAGACCUCGCCCUCAGCCACGCUACAGACAAGACUCCGACACAGAAAACAUCGACCGCAGUGAAAUGGAUGCACCCGCCGUAGCAGAGCGCCCCCGUCGGCAACGCCGUUCCCGCCAACAACAAAACGGCGGGCCCCUCCCCGGUCUCGGGGGUGCAGACCAAGCAGGUGACCUUGUCCAGAACACGGCCGGAAAUGCCGUGAAUGGGGCUACAGGGUCUGCGGGUAAGGCUGUCGGGGGUGUGUUAGGUGGUAAUAGUGGUAAGGAGGAGAAGGAAGAAGGGAAGGACGAGCAGUUGCGGUUGAGGUUGGAUUUGAAUUUGGAUAUUGAGGUGCAGUUGAAGGCGAAGAUCCAUGGUGAUUUGACGUUGGGUUUGCUGUCAUAACUAACGCGUAUCUGACUGUUACGAGUUCAAUUGAGUAUAUAUGAGAUGGCAUGUGGACUAGACUCUGAGCUCCAUCUUCUGUUUGAUUGUUUUGAACACUUUCGAUUCUUAUGUGAUAUAUAGCAUGCGCUACAGCAAUGAUUGACGACGUUAAACUUCCAUAUAAUUUCACCAGGCUUUUCCUUGUAUGCCAACUUUAUAAUCCUAUGCAACCGAUAAGACAAAAGGAUAUCCCAAACGAAAAGAUAUCAAGUAAACAGCCCAAAAAAAAAAAAAAAAAAAAAAAAAAAGGCAUUGGAUGAGACU